AAGCUCACAAACAUUUCUAAAUAUACUAAUAAAGGAACAUUUACUCAAAAGAAAAAAUAAACUUAAGCUUCCAUUUUAAGCAAUGUUCUCUUCUAAAGAAUGUGCCACUUUCUCAUAAGUGUUUUGUUUGUGCUAAGGUUUUUGCAGCACACAUGUUUGGUUUUUUUCAUUCUUUAAUGCAUAGUGUGAUGAUGAUGAUAGAAUUAGAAAUGACAUGAAUCAUUAGUUUAUGACUUUAUGCUUUUUUUCCUGUCUCUCUCUCUCUCUCUCUCUUUCUCUCUCUCAAACUAUCAUCCUGUGUUUAUGGAGCAUCUAUUCUGUAGCAUUUGAUUCCCUUUUUUUUCUACCUGAUCUAGCACCUUUUUGUCUUUUGGGACCAAUUUGCAACCACCCUUUAAACCCCUUUUCAAAAUUGCAUGCCAUGUGUUUGUGAAAGUGUCUCUGUGAAAGUGUCUCUGUUACUAAACUUUCAAAACUUCAAACAAAUUUGUUGUGUUUGACAUUGAUUUCAUUUUCCUGUUCAUCUUGUUGCUAGUUGCAAAAUAUAAAUUGAGUUGGAUUUUGGGUAAGAAUCAGCUUUAGAAAUGGAAGAUAAUCAAAUAUAAAUUAUAUAGAGUUAUAGGUUUGUGUUGAAACUUAGAGAAAAAAAUGGUGUCUCAAGGUGGAACAGUUCAAGAGUCAAGGACUACACUUUUAUCUAGGUCAGGAUCUUUGUAUAAUCUAACCCUUGAUGAAGUACAAAACCAUCUUGGAAAUUUAGGGAAGCCACUUGGAAGUAUGAAUCUUGAUGAGUUGCUCAAGAGUGUGUGGAGUGUUGAAGCCGGUGAAGUUUUUGAUUUCGGUAACGAUGUUGCUGGUACUACCAUGCAGCAUAAUCAACAUGGUGAGAUGAAUCGACAGGGAAGUUUAACAUUAUCUGGAGAUCUUAGAAAGAAAACUGUUGAUGAGGUGUGGAGAGAUAUGCAAAUUGAGAAGAAGAGGAGUGUUGAUAGGGAUCGGAAAGCACGUGACAGACAACAAACACUUGGUGAGAUGACUUUGGAGGAUUUCUUGGUGAAAGCUGGAGUUGUUGGUGAAUCUUUUCAUAAUAAGGAAGGUGAUUUGUUAAGGGUUGAUUUGAAUGAGGAUUCUCGGCAAAACGUUUCCCAACACGGUCAUCAUUGGAUGCAAUUUCAGCUUCCUUCAGUGCAGCAGCAGCAGCAACAGCAUCAACAAGAAAAACAUAUGAUGCCGGGAUUUGUGCCUGUUCAUGCCAUUCAACAGCCUUUUCAGGUUGCAGGGCAAGUUUUGGAUGCGGCAAUCUCACCGUCUUCUUUAAUGGGUACAUUAUCAGAUACACAAACACUAGGUCGUAAAAGGGUUGCCUCUGGUAUAGUCGUAGAGAAAACUGUGGAGAGGAGGCAAAAGAGGAUGAUUAAAAAUAGGGAAUCUGCUGCUCGGUCACGAGCAAGAAGACAGGCUUACACGCAAGAACUGGAACUUAAAGUUUCGCGUUUGGAAGAGGAAAAUGAAAGGCUUAGGAAACAGAAUGAGACAGAGAAAGAGGUUCCAUGUGCGCCGCCACCCGAGCCUAAGAAUCAACUCCGCAGAACUAAUUCGGCAUCCUUUUGAUGUCUUCAUUGGAAUGAGUUUCUUAUUCUUUUUCAUGCUAUCACAGUUCUCAUGUGCAUUAUGCAUUUGACUCUCAUGUUUCCAUACAAUUGGAACUUUGGAAGGGUAUUUAUCUUCUUGAGGUAGUUGUUUGUGAUGCAAUCAGUUCUUCACAGCUUGCUCUAUUCCACUAAAGUUUUGUUGUAUGUUGUAUCUAUAUCAUUAUCAUGUCUGAAUUAUGACUUGAGCAGCACUCUAAAUAUAUUUCAGUCUAAUUCUGGACCUA